UUAAAGGGGUGGUGGUUCACGGUGAGGUAGCAGAUAGGUUUGAUGUAGUCGUUAAGAACACCUCGUACAUCCCGGACUGACUCUCCCUGUAAAGCAGCCUUACCUAAAUCACCGUCAAGACCGUCCAGAAAGCUGUGCGUGUCAGCCGCUGCACCCUGUCAGGAGCGAUGGGAGAGGCCGAGACGCGCCAGAAACUGCUGCGCAAUGUGAAGAAGGAGGUGAAACAAAUUAUGGAGGAGGCAGUAACGAGGAAAUUUGUGCAUGCAGACAGCAGCCAUAUUAUAUCCUUCUGUGCUGUAGUGGAGGCGUGUGUGCUUCAUGGAUUGAAACGUAGGAUUGCAGGCCUGCUGUGCAGUAAUAAGGUUGCGGCACUCUUUAUGAAGGUGGCAAAAAGCUUUUCCCCUGCUGCGGAGCUCUGUCACAAGGUCCAGGAGCUGGAACAGCUCAUUGAAAACAGCAAGCAGAACAAUUCCUCACUGAGUACUGACCGCAGUCGGCAGUCCAAGUUGGCUAACCUUCCUCCUCAAGCGCUGAAACACCUGUGGAUUCGAACUGCCCUGAUGGAAAAGCUCCUAGAUAAGAUUGUCCUGUACUUAGUAGAAAACAGCAGUUCAUUCUAUGACAAAGAAGCCAUGCUGAUGGAUCCUGUGGAUGGACCGAUUCUUGCAUCCCUAUUGGUUGGCCCCUGUGCUUUGGAGUACACCAAGGUUAAGACUGCAGACCAUUUCUGGACUGAUCCAUCUGCAGAUGAGCUUGUACAGAGGCAUCGUAUUCACAGCGGUCACUGUCGGCAGGAUUCCCCCUCCAGAAGACCGGCCUUGAUCCAAAAGAGACAGUCCAGUGGUAGCAUGGAUGAUCGCCCUCUUAUGUGGGUGAGGGAAUAUGUUGAAUCACUUCACCAAAACUCCAGAGCCACACUUCUGUUUGGGAAGAACAAUGUCCUGGUCCAGCCGAGAGAUGACAUGGAGGCCAUUCCAGGCUACCUUUCUCUACAUCAAACUGCAGACCUCAUGACCCUGAAGUGGACACCAAAUCAACUGAUGAAUGGCAAUGUUGGGGAGCUGGACUCUGAAAAAAGUGUUUACUGGGAUUAUGCUAUGACAAUUCGUUUGGAGGAGAUUGUGUAUCUCCACUGUCAUCAGCAAGUGAACAGUGGAGGCACAGUCGUUUUGGUGAGCCAGGAUGGGAUCCAGAGGCCUCCUCUACACUUUCCUAAAGGAGGCCAUUUGCUCCAGUUUCUCACAUGCUUAGAGACUGGCCUGCUACCUCAUGGGCAGCUAGACCCGCCACUCUGGAAUCAGAGAGGGAAGGGAAAGGUUUUCCCCAAACUGCGAAAGAGAAGUCCACAUGAUUCAUGUGAUUCUGUAUCAGAUAAGGAAGACGAUGAAGCAACCGAUUAUGUGUUUCGGAUCCUCUUUCCUGGCAAUCAGAUGGAGUUCAUGGCCCCAGAGCUGAUGGAUCAGGGUGUUAAUAUGUGGCAACCAGCCCCCAGGAAGUCCUCCUGCUCCUCCUGCUCACAGAAUGGCUCAUCUGAUGGCUCUCUGCCUAAUGGCUGUAACCAAGAAAGGGCUCCCUUAAAGCUCCUUUGCGACACCAUGAAAUACCAGAUAAUCUCCCGUGCGUUCUAUGGCUGGCUUGCAUACUGUCGUCAUCUGUCCACGGUCCGCACCCACCUCUCCGCAUUGGUCAACACCACGAUUGUUGACCCCAGCGUACCCUGUGAUGCUCGAGGAGGCCUCUCUGUGGAGGUCUGGGGCAACUUCCUCAAAGACAGCUCUGCCUAUGAGGAAAAGGAGAUACACAGACUGGUGUAUUUUGGUGGGGUGGCCCCUUCACUCCGUAAAGAAGUCUGGCCCUUCCUGUUAGGACAUUAUAAGUUCAGCAUGAGUGAGAAAUGCCGGCGGGAGAUUGAUGAGCAAAUGCGGUGCAUGUAUGAGCAGACUAUGAAGGAGUGGCAGGGUUGCGAGGCCAUUGUCCGUCAGAGGGAGAGAGAGAAACAUGCCGAGGCACUCGCCCGAUGCUCAUCCGGAGCCAGCGUGGAAAGGGGACCCGUGCAGCGGGACUCCACCAUCAGUACAGAUUCUUCUCUAAGUAGCAACUCAGAUCAACAAAAUACUCACUCACAGAGCGACUCCAGCAGCAACGCACAGGUAUUUGAAUCGGUCGACACAGUGGAUCAGGCUGAGAGUGAGUCCAGAGCUGACAAAGAAGCACAGCACAGAGGUGCAGGCAAGGCCAUCGGAAAUGGAACCACAGACAAGCAACAACUUCCCUCCACCGACCCUGCCUCCAACGAUCUGUCAAACCAACGUCCAGAUUCAGACAGCUGUCACCCUGUAACUGAGUCUGCUGUUUCUCAGCAAACAGCAGAAAACUUAGAAGUCUGCAGUGAGGAACCUACAGCUGAGUCACAGCCUGUAAAGAUUCAGCUCACAACAUGUGAAUCAGGAGGGGAGGAUGUAAAGGACCCUGCAGCCGAGAGUGAGGCUGAUGCACAAAAGAGGGAGACGGUUUUAGAAAGCAUAGUGGUUCAGGAGACAAAGAAAUCUGAAGCUGAGCAAAAAGCUGAAGUAGAGGAAAAAGAUCAAACGAAGCACGGGCUGUCAGGAGCUUCAAAAGCCACUGACACAGAUAUUAAUUUGAAAGAGAAUACUAAUGUUCUAAAGCUGGAAACAGAGAUUCAUAAUGAAUAUUUCCAAGCACCUCCGCUUGGGCAGACUUUAAGUCUUCAGCCACACAAGAGCAAAAGUCUGGAAGUUGAGUCAUCUUGUCCGCCUGUAGCAGAAAAAGAUGCAAAUCCGCUAAAUGAAAAAAAGCCAGAGAUUUCUAAGAAAAACGAAAUCCCAUUAAAAGUGAUCAAGGCCUCAAACACAGACGCAGAAACAAAGGAUGUCGAAGCAGCUGUCUGCGACUUUGUUGAAACCAAAAAAGCUACAGAGAUUUCAUUCGAGAAACCUGGUUCAAAUUCUCCAGUCAGACAAGUGCUGAAUGCUCUUCAAUCAGCAUCGCUUUCGUUGUCGUCUCAGUCCCGGCAGUCUCCAGACACAGCCGAUUCGGAUGACUCUCCUUCUGCGCUGGAAAUGGAGGACAUUCCUGCAGGGAUAACAUACGUGACCUCAGAGGACAUCAAAACCAGGCCUUUGGCAGGGCUUGCUGCGCCCCCUGUCUCCCUGGCACAAAGAGAGAAAAUGGCAUCUGAGGAUCUUGCCCUAGAUCACCAUCUGGACACAGCUUGUAAUACCAGUCCUGAGGGCACAGAUCUGGGCCUUUCAGAAGAGGAGCCCGAGAUAGACAAUGUGCUCACUGAACCAGAAUCUGCAGAGGUGGGAGGAGUCACCAAAUAUGAUGAGUCCUCAGAGGAGCAAACCUAUUCUCAAGAAACAAUGGAUAUGUACUUGAUCAAUUUGCAUCGUAUUGACAAAGAUGUCAGACGUUGUGAUAGAACGUAUUGGUACUUCACCACUGAGAAUCUGGAGAAGCUGCGUAACAUAAUGUGCAGUUACGUCUGGCAGCAUCUGGAUGUCGGUUAUGUGCAGGGCAUGUGUGAUCUGCUCGCUCCUCUGUUAGUUAUCCUGGAUGAUGAGAUCAUGGCGUUCAGCUGCUUCACUGAACUGAUGAAGAGAAUGAACCAGAAUUUUCCUCAUGGGGGUGCCAUGGACUCUCACUUUGCCAAUAUGCGCUCACUUAUCCAGAUCCUGGACUCUGAGCUGUUUGAACUGAUGCAACAGAAUGGAGACUAUACCCACUUCUACUUCUGUUAUCGCUGGUUUCUUCUUGACUUCAAGAGAGAAAUGGUCUACGAUGAUGUGUUCUCUGUGUGGGAAACCAUCUGGGCAGCCAAGCACACCUCCUCUGAGCACUUUGUGCUCUUCAUUGCUCUGGCACUUGUGGAGAUGUAUCGAGACAUCAUCCUGGAAAAUAACAUGGACUUUACAGACAUCAUCAAGUUCUUUAAUGAAAUGGCCGAGAGACACAACGUCCCCCAGGUCUUGAUGAUGGCCCGAGACUUGGUCCACAAAGUGCAGACGCUCAUAGAAAACAAGUGAUGCAGGAUGCUGCUGGUUAACACCCACAAUUCUUUUGUGCUAACCUGUCUCAGAGAUAACAACCGAACCACGUUAUUGUCGUAUAUUCCACAGAAAAGGAAAUGAUGUAAAUGAAAAGUGCCGACAAGAUAACCGAUCAUUAAAGCUGCUUGUUAUUCAAAGGUAGUUGUAAAACAACUUCUCACCACUUGUUCUCACCUCUCUGUUUUUGGGAGAUGCAGUUAUUGCCAGUAAAGUUAUUUUUAAAAGUGUUUUUGGUCACUUAGUGAAUGUACCCUUGUUGAAUCUGCUUCAGGAUGUUGUUUAUUUUGCCUUAAAAUUUGCUAUUUUUUCAGGGAUACAGCAACCAAAUUCUUCACUGCAUUGAUAUUCUCCCUAAUGCGUUCGGUUAAGUUAUGCAUCUUGUAUACACUUAAAUAUAUUUUCAGUAUUGUCAUUUACUUAGCUGAAAUUGUAGCUGCCAUGGUUAAACAUUUUGUGAUACACUUGAAUAGUUUUUUUUUCAGUGAUGUACCUGGCGUCACGGGAUGAUUUGCAAACGUUGCAGGGUUCUACCGGCUGGCUUAUCUGAUGUUAAAUAGGUGUUUGCCUCUGAUGCACACAAGAUUGCAGGAUAUGCAGACCUGGAUUCUGUGUAGCACCUCGUAAUUGCACAUAGUUUCCAUAUACUGUAUCACAAUUUCCUCUUUCAGCUGGUCACGCUCUCAUAGUCUCCUCUCCUGUCUCCCACCUCCUCUAUGCAUUAGUUAAAAUGAUUUAACUGUUGUCUCUUAUCCCAGUUAGUAUUCCUCCUGCAUGCUGUCAUUGAAAACCUCCUUCUUCUUCCCUUAAACUACACAGUGCUGCUCAGGCUGAACACGUCAGCUAUCGUUUUCAUAAAAUCAAAGGAUAAAGACUGGUUAAAGGGAUUUCCCACAGUCAGAGGUUUCUUCCUGUUAAAAGGGAGUUUUUCCCUCUCACUGUCUUUCUUUAAUUUACAAUGUAAAGUACGUUGAGGCAACUGGUGUUGUGGUUUGGCGCUACAGUAUAUGAAUUGGAUUGAAUUGAAAGCAGCACAGCUUUACCAGAUUUAGCUUCCAUGCGAUAUAGAGAGUCGUGGUCGUAAUGUUUCUGCUGGUGGUUAUUUCAAAGAGGUAGUUAGCUGGUGGCAGUUUGUGCUUCCUUCACAUGCUGCACUUCCCUUUUUCACUUUCACUCUUAAACUCUGUCUCGCCCUGAUGAACUUGGUUGUCAUGGCUUUAAAGCGCGUCAAAUUGUUUCUGUAUGCCAAAAACCCCCAAAGGCAGCGAAUAGUUUAAUAUUUCCCGGACAUUUCUCUUCAUUAUUGUCACUAUUUCACUGCUGCUCAGAAUGUCAGAGCUCUAACUUCAGCUAUGAGGAAAGUGCGAUCUUGAUGAUAAGCUUUUUACUUUUAAAUGAAUGGUAGCUGGUCAGUGGUAUGUAGCCAUGUAGAUAAUGAUGAUUUUGUCAGUUCAUUUUUUUGCUGCAGUCAUAGUGGAUUUCAUUUGUUUAGCCUUAAGACAAGAAAUGAUUAAGAGCUCGGGAGUAUACGUGUAAAGGUGAAUAUCUUAAGAUCUCGGCAGAUAAACACAAGAUACGGUACUCUAUAUAGCUCGAUACCGAGAGAGGCAAGUCAGAAAAUAUGAUUUAUUGGUGCCACUUACAGUUACAAAAUAGCCAAAACACACACGUCUGUUUCACUGUGGCUUAAAUUCCAGUGUUUUAAUAUCACUGCUAAUGUGUCUACAUAUGAUCUUGCCUGAGUAUUGCUGUUUGUGUAUUGCUGUUUGUUGUCAGAAGAUUUACAGUAUACAAUGUGUUAAGAAGAAACUGACUUACUUUACAAAAAAAAACAACCCCUAAGCUAGUACUUAUUUAUUAAAUGCAAUACAAUGUCUGUAUAUGGGCCUGGUCUGAUUAUAAUGAAGCAAAAGCUAAAAGUAUGCCAAUGGAAAUAAAUAUAUUUUUAUUUUUUCUGUCUUCUAAAAUGGUCACUGAGUAUACUUAAUUUAUUGUGUAUUAAAAAUCUUAUAUUUUGCA